CCAUGGUAGAAUCUCCGGUGUAAGCAGGAUCAGUUCACAAGUCCAGUUCCCAAAGAGUAUAAAAGGGUAGAACAUCGAAGGGAACAUCAUUCAGUGUUCCGUGUUGAGUCAAGAACGUAUAAGUAGAUCCCCUAUACAUCCUCGCAAAAAUGGCUUUUAAACUUGUAACAAUUCUAGCUCUAGUAACAGUCGCUUCCGCACAGCUUUAUCAGGCAGCGGCACCACUUAGACGUGUUGCAGUCUCGCAACCACUGUUGGCGAAAGUUGAAGACCAACCCGAUCCCAACCCACAAUAUAACUUUGCCUAUGACGUCCAAGACAGUUUGUCCGGUGAUUCAAAAAGCCAAUUUGAAUCUCGUGAUGGGGACCUUAUCAAAGGUCAGUACUCGUUGAUUGACGCUGAUGGCUACAGGAGAGUUGUCGACUAUACUGCUGACCCAGUUAACGGUUUCAACGCAGUGGUCAGUCGUGAACCUUUAGCCGGUGCGGACGCUGCGAAAGCUGUUGCUGCACCGUCGAUUGUUAAGGCGUCUCCCUUCGCCUACGCUGCCACACCUGGCCUGUUAAAGGCUCCAUUGGCUCAAGUCGCGGCACCAUCUGCAUUUAUCAGAGCGGCACCAUUGGCGGCUGCUGCUCCGGGUUACCUGGCCUAUGCUCAUCACUGAAUCUCAUUGAAUCAAUACCAUCCUCUUCACUAUUGUUACAACUUCACUCAUCUGGCUUUGUUGGAAAAAUGGAAACAUUGUGAUAGUAAUAUAAUUUGAUGCUGAAAUAAAAAAAAUUGUACAAUAGUA